AUGCUAAGUAAAUUCGAUGUUUUUCCGAAAUUCGCAGACAAAAGUGUCAAUAUUCAGACAUUCACAGGUGGUUUGAUCUCGUUUCUUACCACUCUAUGGGUCUGUUUCCUUUUGGUCGGUAAAAUUCAUGGUUUAAUUUAUCCAGAAAUCAAAUCUUCGGUUGUACUGGACAAAGAACACGUCGAUGGUCAAAGAAAAACAUUUAUCAACUUUGAUAUCACCAUUGGUUCUCCAUGCACAAUGCUUCAUAUUGAUCUAUUUGAACAUGAUGGUUAUCAAAAGACCAAUAUCAUCGAAAAUAUCUCUCUUACUAGAUACGCUCAGAGUGGAGAAGAUAUUAAUGAUCUUCUCGAAAAAAGAGUUCCCUCGAAAUCUAAAAAACAAGAUUUUCCUCCAGAUUAUUGCGGUAAUUGCUAUUUAUCAACAGACAAGAAAUGCUGUAAUACAUGCAGAGAAGUUAUGGAUGUAUUCAAGGCCAAAGGAUUAACGUAUUACGCUUCUUUCAGAUGGGAACAAUGCAUUCGCGAAGGAGUUCUUGAUUUCGGAAAUGAAACAUGCAGGAUCAAAGGCAAGCUCAAAGUUAAAAAGCAAUCAGGAAAUUUCCACAUUGCUCUCGGAGCAAAUACAAAUGACAACUACAAAGGCCAUUCUCACGAUUUAAGUAGCGUAGAUGCAAGCCACAAACUCAAUCAUGUUAUUCAUUCCCUUACUUUUGGCGAACCUGUUGAUUAUUACAAACCUCAACUUACUGAUGUCGAAAUGCAGCUUCCAGAGCUAAAUGGUAGCAACUAUUGGAUGGUUACAUAUUAUUUACAUGCAGCUCCCGAGCGUAUUUCAACAACAGACAAGAUUGAUUCGUAUAGAUAUUCUGCAUUUCCAAGUAGAAGAAAAGUAACAAAUAAAACGAAGAAAGGAUUCCCAGGAAUUGUAUUUUAUUACGAUUUCGCACCUAUGAUUGUCGUUUAUCAGCCAACUCAUGGCUCAAUUCGUUCUAUCAUCGUAGACAUCUGCGGAAUUGUCGGAGGAGCCUUCUCAUUUGCUGCCAUUAUCGAUGCUUUGGCUUUCGGAGCACUGUCUGGCAUUAGAGGAAAAACAAUGAUAGGAAAAGCUGCUUAA